AUGAGCUCGGGCCAGCCGAGCGACAGCAGCGAGCCGGAGGAGCCGCGGGGCACCGGCGUCCGUCACCUGAACGAGCUGUUCCGAGAGGAUGAGAGCGACGAGGAGGAGGAAGAAGAAGAGAGCGGCUCCAGGCCGCCCUCUCCUCCCAAGGAGAGCAGCGGGGGCCCUAGGCUGGAGUCUGCGGGAGACGGCGCGCGGAGCUCGGGGUGCAGGAGCUCGGGGCUCUGCGACUCCCUCUUCUCGUGGCUGUGGAAGCGGACUGUCCGCAGAGGGCCGCUCGUAGACCCUGCCCGCGAUAACUUCCGCACCAUGACCCGACUCUAUUCGUCCAUGAGCCCCGCCACGGACUCGGUGAACCUGAGCACGCAGACCCACGGGGCCGUGUUUAAUCUGGAGUACUCGCCGGACGGGUCGGUGCUGACUGUAGCCUGCGAGCAGACGGAGGUGCUGCUGUUCGAUCCCGUUUCAUCCAGACAUAUCAAAACGUUGGUGGAGGCGCAUGAGGACUGUGUGAACAACAUCAGGUUUCUGGAUAACCGGUUAUUUGCCACUUGCUCUGAUGACACCACCAUUGCAUUGUGGGACUUGAGAAAGUUGAACUCAAAAGUGUGUUCACUGCAUGGCCAUGCUAGCUGGGUGAAGAAUAUAGAGUAUGAUACACACACUCGCCUGCUUGUAACGUCUGGCUUUGAUGGAAAUGUCAUCACCUGGGACACCAACAGGUUCACAGAGGACGGCUGCCCCCAUAAGAAAUUCUUUCACACGCGGUAUCUGAUGCGGAUGCGUCUUACUCCAGACUGCAGUAAGAUGCUCAUCUCCACUUCCUCUGGUUACCUGCUCAUCUUGCAUGACCUUGACCUCACCCAGAGUCUAGAGGUCGGCAGCUACCGUAUUCUACGGGCCCGACGCGCCCCUCUUAGCACAGAAGGUUCCUCAACAGGCUCCAGGACAGCAGGCUCUCGUCACGGCAAUGACAGCAAAUCUCAUCCACACAGAGAAGGUUUAUCUCCCAGAAACAGUCUGGAGGUUUUGACCCCAGAGAUUCCAGGUGAGAGGGACCGAGGGAACUGCAUCACCUCUCUGCAGCUGCACCCCAAAGGUUGGGCCACCCUGCUGCGUUGUUCCAGCAACAUGGACGACCAAGAGUGGACUUGUGUGUACGAGUUCCAGGAGGGAGCCCCUCCACGGCCGCCUGUCUCCCCGCGCUGCUCUCUGAGGCUCACGCACUACAUAGAGGAGGCCAAUGUGGGUCGUGGAUACAUCAAGGAGCUGUGUUUCAGCCCGGACGGACGGCUCAUCUGCUCGCCAUACGGUUAUGGCGUGCGCCUGCUGGCCUUUGAUGAGCGCUGUGCAGAGCUGGCGGACUGCAUGCCCGUGCGUACAGCGCUCCUGCGCGAGGUGCGCUCCAUCUACUCCCACAGCGAUGUGGUGCUCACCUCCAAGUUCUCUCCCACACACUGUCAGCUGGCCUCAGGCUGCCUGAGUGGACGUGUAGCACUCUACCAACCCCACUUUUAGCACACACACAAACAAGGACUCGUCUGGACUCUUGAAAAAUCUUCUGGCAGAUGGUGAGGAGAAACAUACAGCCCUUAAAGGGAGUGUGUGUUUUCUGGGUUCACAGUGUCAGGGUUUGAAUGUGGGUUUGUAUAAAAGAAUUGGAUGUUUUUAGAGGAUUUCAUUUUGUGUGUUAGACAAUGUAAUCUUUCAAAUUUAUGAACAUGUGUGCAGUAAUGAGAGAAAUAGCCAUUAAUCUUUUCUCACAGCACGUGUCCCUGAUUGGAGUUGCAUGCGGAGCAUCACAGCUGAGCUCAAGGUGCUAGUAGGAUGGCAGUUACGUUUUGUAGUCUCCAUGCCUUUUGCUAAGCAUAUGACCUCGCCUCCAGUCUUGGAGCCCGGCCUGCAUGUCAAGUGCUGACCUCCCUACUACAGCAGCUGGCAGCUUAAGCCAAUCAGUUCUCUUUGUAUAAAGUAGCACUGAAUGUAAGCAGUGCAACUGUUAAUGUUGUAAUGGAUGGAGUUUUCUGCAUUUUGCCAAAUUUUUUUAGCAGCACCAUAUUCAUCCUUGAGUUCUAAUAAGAGCUGCUGUUUCUCUGUGUUUCUUACUAACUUGUCUUUUUAUGUUUUGAUGGGCACCUUGCCACCUGUGACACUAAUGAAGUCAUGUUUUUGGGGUCUCAUUUGUAGAUAGUUUAAGCAGAACGCUUGUGUGCAUGUGUGCCUAAGUAUGCGUUCAAGUAUGCGUGUCUUUUAUUAGAUAAGCUAACUGCCGAUAAAUGAUUCUUGGUUGAGUGAGCAUUGGUGAGGUUCUCCUCUCUUCCUCUCUCACUCUCACACAAACACCAAACUCCUAGACUUUACAGGGACAAUCAACAUUAUUGCCUAAAUCUGAAAUUCAGUUUUUCUUACUCUCAAAACAUACAUAUGCACACUGACUGAAGACAGUUCAGAAGCACAGACAUUGUGUUCUGAGAGCUGCAAACAUAGAGGACUUUGGGAGAUUGAGCUUUUGAUGCAGCCGUGUUAAUGUUAGAUGAGCAUUUAACACUGUUGGGGAUCUUUUUAAUGUAGCCUUCAGGAGGAAAGACUGGCCAGUUCUCUGACUGGCAAUGUUUGGAGCCCUCUCACGUUAUUCAGCGCAUGAAACAUCUGGAAAGAAGAAAUCGAGGAAAAGGGCCACAGAGGGAGAGAAAUUCCUCUGUUGUUCACUCACUCAAUCACAAAAUGAUUCAUGCUAGCACUAAAAUACUACUAAGAUGCAGAGGUACAAAAAAAAUAAAGGUUUUUUUUUUCACUUGG